UUCAAUAGCAACUCCUUUUACAAAAACAUACCUUCGGGAUGUGACGGUCUGUGUCCGGCUGGACUACAGGGGGGUGGGCUGCUUUAAGGACGGAGCGUCAUUGAGCUGACUGCUGACGUUCUGUAACUUCCAACCCCCCCCCCCCCCAUUUUUUUAUAAAAAGUACAGUUAUUAAGUGCCAAAGAUUUAUUACAAGCCUGUGACACAAAGGCACAGCAGCGUCUGGCAAAAGGGUAAAUGUUAUCUUGCAGGAGGUUAACCUGAAGCGAAGGGAAAUUAUCCGACUUUGUGAAUCGCAAGACUCCCUGGAUUUAAAGAGACAGGGCUUGUGGAUGCAAGCUGCAGUGAUGUUUGUUCAGAGUGUGGUCCUCCUCCUGCUGGCUAGUCUGCCCCUGAGCCUUGCACAGAUUGGUGCGUUCUACAUUAACGGCAAUGGGAAUGGCAAUGGGAACGGUGAGUACUACAACAGCGUCAAGCUCCAUAUCGAAACCCAAAAGGACAGACUGUUUGCAUACCGAGGGGAGAAUGUGACCCUGACUUGUCACUACCAUUAUGAGCCGCCAGUGAACGUGACCCGAAAGGUCAGAGUUAAAUGGUCCAAGCUCAACAUGGAUUUCUCCAAAGAGAGUGACGUGAUUGUGGCAAUCGGACUGCGCCAUCGCAGUUUCGGGGAGUUCAGGGGUCGCGUCUACCUGCAGCAGAAUGACGAGCAUGAGGCAUCGCUGGUUAUCACUGACGUCAGGCUGGAGGAUUAUGGGAAAUACAAGUGUGAAGUGAUUGACGGACUGGAGGAUGAAAGCAGCAUUGUUGAGCUGGAGUUACGAGGUGUGGUCUUCCCUUACCAGCCCCACCAUGGCCGAUACCAGCUGAACUUCCACGACGCCAAGCAAGCCUGCGAGGAGCAGGAUGCCAUGAUCGCCUCCUUUGAGCAGCUGUUCCAGGCCUGGGAGGAGGGACUAGAUUGGUGUAACGCUGGCUGGCUGAUGGAUGGCUCAGUGCAGUACCCCAUCACAAUACCACGUGGACCAUGUGGGGGCAAGCACAACUCAGCGGGUGUCCGGAACUAUGGGCAGCGGCACAAAAACCUCCACCGAUAUGAUGUGUUUUGCUUUGCCUCAACUUUGAAAGGUAAGUUGUACUUCCGACGCCGUCCGCUGAAGUUCACCUUUGAUGAAGCGGUUAAAGCCUGCCGUGACGAUGGCGGUGAGAUUGCCAAAGUGGGCCAGCUCUACGCCGCCUGGAAGUUCCAAAAGUUUGACCGCUGUGAGGCUGGCUGGGUCGCCGAUGGCAGUGUUCGCUACCCCAUUGCCUUCCCACGGCCCAAAUGUGGCCCACCAGAGCCUGGGGUCCGCACCUUUGGCUUCCCAAGGAAGGAGAAUGGGAGGUUUGGGGUCUACUGCUUUAAGUUGAGUUAAAGGCCAGGGUCUGUGUGACUGUGUCGAUCACAGGAGGACCUAUACUCAGUUGCCUUCAUGGAUUAUUGUGGCAGUACUCAUCUUUAAAGGUGAAAUCAGAUUAUUUAAGAAAACAGUUAGAAGAUAACAUUGUGAUUCCCAAAUCUACCUAAGUCAACUUGGAGAAUCCUUUCUAAUUUCUAUUAAUUUGAGAUUUCCUGUAUACAUCUAUAUUUUUGAUUUCCAUAGUAUAUAUUCACUUCAGGAGGACCUUGUGGAAAGAAAAAAAAUUAACCCAGUCUGCAAGGAUUCACUAAAGCAGCUUUUAAAAACCAAAAUGUCUCAUUAUACUGUGAGACUCCAAGCCAUUAUUUUUGCAUUCAGAAUCUCUCUUCCGCUGACUUCUCCCCUGCAUCCCUCUUCCCUCAUUCCUUUUUGUUUUUCCGUCGAUCUAUCUUUAUGUAAGAGCCCAUAGUAGUCCAAGCAGUCAUCUCAGUCAUCGCAACCAGGAAUCAAAUCAACUUGUUUGGAGGCAAAGACCUUCGUGUUGCAGUGUCAGGUACCCAAUGUGCAACCAUGAGUCUGGCAUUUACCGAAUAAGUCCACCUUAUGAUCUCUAGAUUAUUUGAAUUGAAAUAUAAUAAUGCAGCACAUUAUACUAUGUAUAUUAGCAAACUGAGCUCAGUUCAGUCAUUGACACUUGGGGGUGCCACAAUGGCUCAGUGGUUAGCACCGCUGCCUCACAGCAGGAGAGACCUGAGUUCAAUUCCAACCUCGGGUGAAUGUCUUUGUGGAGUUUGCACAUUCUCCCUGUGAGUGUGUAGGUUUCUUCUAUGUGCUCUGGUUUCCUCCCACAGUCCAAAAGAUUUGCAGGAGAGGUGGAUUAGUCAUGGGAAAAACAGGGUUACAGGAAUGGGGUGGUUCUGGGUGGGAGGGUCAGUGUGGACUUGAUGGGCCGAAAAGCCUGCUUCCACACUGUAGCGAUUCUAUGAUUAACAACCAGUAUACAGAAUAAUUCUGUUCCAAUGUAUGGCUUUGUGAUAUGACACUAUUCACUGUGUUGAAAAAGUUUCGUACAGGAAACAAGAUCCAGUUAUUAUGUGGCUAAGUUAAGCAAUGUACCAUCCCAAAACAAAAUGGUAUGUUGAGGGAGUUAAUUUGAAGAUCAGUUUUAUCAGUAAAUCGAUGUUUAUUUUGCAUAUUUUGGAUUCAUAGUUGGUAAAGCUCAAGUAUUUUGUGAUUGACCAGAGAAAAGAGCCAAAAAAAAAGGCUGUGACAUGUGAACCUCCUCCAACAGGACCUCUCCAUAUUGAGGAAGUUAAAUUGCCUCACCCUAAAGAAGUCACAAGGAUCAGACCCAGAAUAUCCUCAUUCCUCUGCCCAACUUAAUAUAAUUGGAGAAAAUUGAUGUCACCCCAUUUGAUUAGGAAGCAAAGAUGAGUCGUCACACAUUUCAUCAGGAAUCUGGCUGCGCAUCUCGAAACUAUAAGACUUAGGAGCAGGCAAUUCAACCCCUCAGGCCAGCUCUGCCAUUUGGUACAAUCAUGGCUGAUCUUACCUUGGCCUUCACACCACUUUCUGGUACUCCCAUAACCCUCCAAAUGAGUACUACUUAAAAAUCUGUCUAUUUCCUUUGUAAAUCAAGCUAGACCACUAAGGAUCAACACUCUGUCACAUGCUUGUGGUAAAUAAGGGGUUGUUCAGGGAAGACUCUCUCUGACUGAGGUGUAGAUGGUAAAUUACAAUCAGUAAUGUAAUGUUUAUCCUGUGUUGCAUCCUGUCAGAUACAUCUACUCUGUUUUAUCAUUAAUCUUUAACGGGCUCUGCUUACGAACGCCCAAGCUUUGAAACAACUUUGGGCUGCAGCUUAAGAAUAAUUUUGAGUGGAUUCACCAGUGAAUCUUAGGCUUGCACUUGAGCUAUGACAGAAUUCCUUUCCGUAUCUCCUGCCUUGUCUACUGAAGGUGCUGGCUGUCUGUAAUGGAGCAAUUCCACCAGCAGCCCAUUAGUAUCUACGUGAUGAACUAUUUGAUCAAAGGAACACAGUUGAACACAAUCCUGUCCUUAUCCAAUGUCCAGAGCAGUAAAUGCAGAGAUGAAGAGCGUGAAUAUUGUCUAGUUCUUCUCCCAAGUUCAACGGCGCUGAGGUUUCUGCUCCCACACCCUGUCCCUGCUUUGUCUGUACCACAGACCAGUGAUCGAUCCUAGCACCUUUUAGUCUGUGUCAUGAGGCUGUCCGGGACAUAUCCCUACUGAUCCUCAGGCAGAACUAAGACUGGGUUACUGCUCCAAAUUCUGAAAAAUCUUGGGAAUCCAUGAACAUUUUAAAUGCAACAAUUUUUCCAAUGCAAUUUAUUUUGUACCUCCUGUCUUCAAAGAAAACAUCUGAUUUUAUCUUUAAAGUGUGAGUACUUUGACCAGCUGAGAAACCAAUGCUUAUGUACUGUUUACCCAGGAAGUAAAGGAAGCCCUGUUUAAAUGGUUAGGGUCAAUGUUUAACAAGACUGCAGGUAUCUGCAGCAACCUUCCACAUUGCAUGAGAGAAGGAGAUGGAGGAAUGAUAUUUUGCAUUUUUAGAAGUUUUAUGGCUACUUUAUAAUGUUGUAUUAGUUUGAAGAGGAAAUCAUUGUCACUUAGAUUUCAGUUUAGAUUGUGUAGGACACAAUUGUGUAGUGCAGUUUUACAUUACUGUUCAUUCUCACUGGAAUCCCACAUCAAGCUGAUUCACUGGAUGGUAACCAAGAGUCACUGCUUCUAGCCCUCGUUCCAUUCCUAAGCCACAAUUCUAUCACAGCAGAAGUUGGAGAGCAGGAGUCUGCUAAUCUCACGCCAGGGAGGAGGCUGUUUGGAGAAUACAUUCUUCUGCAUCUACAUAGUUAUCUGCAGACUGGAUUAUGUACAUUUGUAUAAAAGAUGGUUUGAAAAUGCUUUAAGCCUGAAGGUAUAGACCCUGCAUGUGGUAUUUAUUCAAUUCUGAAUGUUUAUUCCAAACCAAAUUUUCAUUUAAAAGAUAAAUAGAUACUAUAAUAGACAGGAAAGGGAUUGUGUUUGAUGAUGUACAUUGCUUGUAUUAUGUGUAUGACAUUAGAUUAAGUUUCUUUCUGUUGAUUGGGAUGCUGGGAGCAAAGUAAAUUAAACCAACUAGGGCUGGGUCAUUAAGUUGGAUUUGAUUAACCUCUGUCUAUGCCACAACAUAUAAGAUAUAACAACAGACUGGCCGAUACCCAUAAUUUUGACAUGCUGAAAAAUGAGUAGUGCUUAUACCUUGACUUUCAAUUUAUGGGAAUACCAUGUCUACACUUUGCUAGGGCUUGUAUAUGAUAUCAGCUUAGGCAGUCCCAACACUGGUCCCUAUGGUUAGGGGCACAGAAUUAUAAACUGCUAGGCGUAAACACAAAUUAGCUGUAAGCUGAGUGAUCUCAUACACUCAGGGAAGCCUCAAGAAAGGCCUAUGGCUGAAAUUGACUUUCUGGUGAGGAUUUUACUAAUACCCCAACAUUACUAAGAUAUAGAGUGCUUUGUUUAAACCUUGCAUGUCUACAAUAUCCAGAGACCUCAGUUGUUAAAGUUAUAUUUUAUUCAGGAAGAAAUCUUUGCUUUUGUUGUGUUUAUCUCCCAAAUUACAUUUGACAGAUGUAGAGCUCGUGAGGAGACUAAUGAGGUCCUCUGUAACUUGACUGUCAGGAUGGGUGUGAGACUCAUGUGUUCUUCUAGGUGACCAUCCCUUGGCAGAGAUGUAGCAUUAGCAUAUUGAUAGACUAGCCAUCUAAAUGGGGUUCUGUCUGAUUGGCAGCAGACUGGAUAUGUCUAUGAUAUAUAAGCUGUGAUGUGAAUGGUGCCCGAUGCUCUUUAGCCAUUUGGUAUUUUGACAUGUUUAAUAGGUUCUGUGCUUCAAAGGGAAGUUUUACCGACUUUACUAGAAAUGUCCUGUAACUCUGCUCUCUUUAUCCACUCAAAUAUGCAAACAGUUGAGGGAAGCGCACAUAAACACAUAGCUUUUCUGUCAAGUGCAGGCAUCCCAAGGCUCUGGCUGGUUCUAGGGCCACUCUAAGGAAUAUGGGGCCUUAAAGCAUUGGGACAUAGCCCAUUAUUCCACAUUCGUUUGGUUUCAGUAAUAGGGUGUGGUUGAUUUCCUUUUCCACUUGUGCUAUGACUGUGAGAAAUCUUUACUCCAAAUAGUGUCCAAUGUCUGUUUUUCAUUUGAUGAGUGAGUAGAGAAUAUACAGCACUGACGCCCACUCUUGUGGCUUUUCCAAACAUACUGACUGUGAAUAGAGGUAUGUGGAGCAGCAACUCUGACUGGGUCACAUUUGAGAUGAAGAGCGAGUGGUCAGUAAAAUGAUUGGCAAAUGUAUGAUGUGUGCCCCGGUAUUGAUUUGUCCCCAUGCUGCUCCUUUUGAGUACAAGUAACUGUCUAGAAAUCACAUCAUCUUCAGACAUAGCUAAAGCACCUAUCCAUUUGAUUUCUGAUACUGGCUGGAAGAAAGGAAUGUUCUCAGUUUCAACUGAAAUCAGGUGGAGCGAGAGAGAUCCCAGUGCACUAAAUAUAAAGAUAUAAAUUCAUUUUCAAUUCUCUAGCUGAUGGGAGGUCUUUCCCAAUAUGCUUUGCCUCAAUCUCCAGAAAGAUGCAGCAGCCUAUUUAGUUAAAGACUGUAAAACAAAUGAUUUAAAGACUGGAGUGCUCCCUAAAGCUAAUGUUACAUAUUAUUUAGAUUCUUAUCUUUGUACUCUUCUGUUGACCUAAGAUGUUUCUAUAUUGCAUUCAAAGACAUUUUUAUUGUUUAGAUUAUGGAUAUAUGUUGAUGACUUGUUUGGUACCGACAUUAUUACUCCUCUCUUAUGAGAAGAUUUGUUAUAAUUAUGUAACUGAAAGACUCUAGACACAUCGUCUUUGAGAGGUAAACUUUGAUAUUGGAUAAAUGUGCUUUUGCUGUUGACGUUAGCCUAUAUUUACGAUAAAAUAUGUCUAGACUGUAUACAUUUACAAAAGUACAGCCAAAGCCAAAUCAUAACUCUGAGUCAAUGCAAGUUCAUUUGAGGCAGAAUGCAUGCCUUAAUGGCUUCAACUUUAGACAAACUUGAACUUAUUUUAAGAGUAACAGAUUUUUUUUCUCUUUUUGUCUGGAUGUGGAGACUAGUUUCCACCUUGAUAUUGAUGCCUGAAAGUCUGUAGCUAAUUAACUUUUUAAAAAAAGCACCAUGGUGUUUGCAGUUAAUCUUAUGUUUGCUUUAUACUCCAUGUCCUCUUAUACACAUUGCUGGCAAGUUUAUUCUGUAAAAAUAAGUCCUUGCGGAUGAAUGAAAUGUCCACGUAACAGAACCUUUCAAAUAAAUGAAUUGUAAUGUUCAAAAAUAAGUUGGGUUUAUUUAUAG